AUGUCACAGAAACAGGUUGAAGGCGUCGUUGUCGGCACGGAUACUUUAGAAGAGAAGGAAAGAACGGAAAGAGCGGACGAGCUAAACCAACCACCACUAAAGGAAAUAGAAACAGUGAUCAUAGAAGAUGAAACUCCGAUCAGUAAACACCCUAUGAUAAUGCCUAUGCCUCCACAGACACAAGAGAAUCCUCUAAAAAUCUCAUCGGUCAAUAGCAUGAAGUCAGUUGAACCGAUUCCGUCCAAUUUAUUGAACGUUGCGGUUGGUGCGGACGGGUUCUUGUAUAUACUGCCAUCAUCGGGCGUCCCUGUUAUACCACAACAGCUUACCGUACAACAGCUGGAAACGUGUUCGUACACGUCACAGAUUAAUUCUGUUAAUAACGGAGUCAUCUCAGGCGCAGAAAACAGAACUAUGGUUUCUGCUAAUAACGGACUCAUGUCAAGUGCAGAAAACGGUGCUAUGGUUUCUAUUAAUAACGGAGUCAUAUCAAGAGUAGAAAACAGAACUAUGGAAUCUGUUAAUAACAGACUCAUGUCAAGCGCGGAAAAAAGAAGUACGGUGCCAGCGAAACAAAAGAGUAAAAGGCCAAGACAGCUCGAAGAUGAUCCUUCUAGAGGUACAAGUGAUGAUGAUGUCAUAUUAAUCGGUGAUGAAGAGCCCGAAGCUCAGGAGCAAGUUGUCAAGUACCCAAUCAGAAUAGACUCCAAGGUCGAUUGGGAGGACAAAAUACCUAUAGACAUUAUAUCUUUUGUGGACAGUAAAUCAUCGAAUGUCACCUCUAAAGUUAAGGGACCAAAGAUUAGCUUGCACAAGAACAUUCAAACGAACAUGUGA